AUGCUCUCUCCGCCUACCGGGCCGCUGUUCCUCUCUCCGCCCACGACCGCGCCGCCCUCCGCGUGGCUCUCCGCGCCGUGGGAUGCCUCGCGCCGCAGCUGGGGGCGCCGGGAACGCCCCUGGGCCUUGAUGAUGGUGACUGGGUCCAUCAGAGGCCUCGUGUGCUUUCGGAGAAGCACGAAGGCGAGGAAAUUGAAGGACAUGCAGAUGACAGAGCUGGAGCAGAUAGAGAAGACGCCCAAGAAAGUGCCCGCGAGACAGAAGAGCAAGAAGAAAGAGAUUCCAAAGGCUUCAGAGUCAGAUGUAGAACUUGAACUGACCAGUUUGGAGGCGGAGGAUCUUCAGAUCAAAAAGCCGACUUCCAAGUCUGGCAAGAGCAAGAAGGAGCUACAGAUGUCGCCCGAGGAGUCGGUGCUUGAGAAGGAUGAGACGAAGCUGCGGUCACAGAGUGGACCGGGGCAGGACAAAGCGGUGAGGGCAGUGGACACUGAGGAGUUUCAGGCCGACCGAGCUGAGGCGGAAACCAAGAAGUGCCAAACAGUGGUGGCCGCUCCAGUCACUGCCGCUGAGGAAGAGAUGGAAGUGAGCCACACACGAGGGAGAACGGCGAAGGCUUCACCCAAAAGCAGGUCGAGUCAGGUGGACAUGCAAGAUGGCCAAAUCUCCAAGAUCUGGGAAAGCAUCCAGAAGAAGUACGGCAUCGAAGUGGAGGAGGAGCCCAUGCCCACGCCGUGCGCCACGUUCUCCACAGGGAGCUUGCCUUUGGAUCUGGCACUCGGCGUAGGCGGUCUGCCCUACGGCCGGAUCCUCGAGGUUUAUGGCCCUGAAACCAGUGGGAAGACCGCCCUGGCCCUCAGCUGCUGCAUCUCCUUGCAACGCUCUGGCCGCCGGAAGAACUGUGCCUUCAUCGAUGUGGAGCAUGCCUUCGACUCCACGUUUGCCAAGAAGAUGGGCUUACAGUUUCAGAAGCAGCAUUUCUCUUACUGCAAGCCUCCAAGUGCGGAGAUUGCACUUGACAUGGCCGGAGAUUUGGCUGAAAGCAACGCGUUUGACCUCAUUGUCAUUGAUAGUGUGGCGGCUUUGCUGACGGAAGAGGAGAGGCAGAAGGACAUGACGCAACACUGCAUGGCUGCCCGAGCCCAGUUAUUAGGCCAAUUCAUGCGCAAAGUGGUGCCGAUCUGCGAUGAAAACCAGACGUCUGUGCUGUGCAUCAACCAGUUGCGGAAGAACUUCAGUGGUUACGGCCCGCCUGAAAUCACCACCGGCGGGGAGGCACUGAAGUACGCGGCCAGCGUCCGCCUGGAGGUCCGCAGCCCGGCGAGCGGGAAGAUCAGCAAAUCUGGCGAGGUCGUCGGCAUCCGGCAGAAGGUCACCGUGCGAAAGAACAAGUUGGCACCAGGCUUCCGCACAGCGGAGCACGACGCUGUUCCGCGUCGUCUCGCGCGGAAUGUCUUCCCAGUGACCGGAGUGGGUGUUCCACGAGUGAUCGGCGGUGCAGUGACUGCUUGGGAUUUGAUGUUCGGCUCGAGCUCGGGGAGCUCGGGGAUUGUCUGGGCCGGCUCGGUGCUGGAGGCGGGCUUGCUCUCUGGCCUAGUGGAGAAGAAGGGUGCCUGGCUUCAGUAUGAGGAGCUACGCGCGCAAGGCAAAGAGAAGAUGGUGAAGCUCUUGAAGGACCAUCCCCAGGAGUGUGAAGCCCUGGAGAGCUCCAUCCGUGCGCGCGCGGCGGAGGGCGAGCUGCCGGAAGACGAGGUGCAGGACGUGGAGGAGUGA